UACGGUUGCCUCGUGUCUCUAAGAUCCGAUUGUCGCAGACCUAUAGACAGACCCUAUCCUAUCAGCUGUUAUUGACUGGUGGCGAUAUUGUGCUAUGUACAUAAGAUCAUGACCGUUAACAGUAAUUGUGUCCUCAGCUGGUAUCUUAUAGGCUCCCACUGGCAGAACGACCUAGUUUGACCCCAAAUGAAGACACCUUUCAAGAACGGCGAUAAUGAUCGAUGCACGGCACUGCUAAGUGGGACGAUAGCAGCGAUUGAUACUGCGAAGGCUGUCGUGCCCAGUGUCAUCGUGCAAAGCAUUCUUUCUACAGUUUCGAACAUUUUGGCUAUCAUAAGAAAUACCCUGCAGAAUGAGGACAAUUUCCGUGGAUUGAUGCAACAUUGCCAAAUGAUUUAUGAUGUUGUCGUAAAGACCACGGAAGGUCAGACUGAUAGUGACUCAAACAGUGAACUCAAUGAUAUCAUUAUCAAUCUUGAAAGCUGUGUCCAAAGCAUUUAUAAUGAAGUUGUGUCUGCGAGUAAGCGCAACGUCGCUCAGAGAGCCCUUUCCGCGCUGUCCGACAAAAACAAAAUAACAUCUUGGGUGCAGGAAUUGGACAGGCGCGUGUUGCUAAUUAACACGCACCUGAGCAUAAUAACGCAGCGCAGAGUAGAUCAACAGAUCAGACAGAUGAAUAGACUGGGCAUAUCCACCGCAUAUGAAGACUGGCGCGUCGUCCUCCCGAGUCUACCUUCCCCUUUCUUUGGUAGAGAUCAUCUCAUUGCCCAUGUUAUGGAACUACUUCUCAAUCGGCAUCAUGUCACACUUUUUGGCCCAGGAGGUAUCGGCAAGACCUCCCUCGCAAAAGCUACCAUCCACGACUCAGUCAUAGCUGAGAGGUUUCAAGGCCGUCGUUACUUUGUAUCAUUCGAUGAACUCGAUGCCUCUCGGAUAUCUACAGGAAUAGUCAAGGAGCGGAUUUGCAGAGCCGCCGGGUUGGACUGGCGCCUCAGUGAACGGUGGGAAGAAGUGACGGAAUUUCUAACAGGCGCAGAUACAUUCCUGGUCAUCGACCAUGCAGACGCUCUUACUGCAAAUCGAAACGCAGGCUCCGUGGCCCGUAUCAUUCACGACCUCGCAUCAUCAUCCUCUGUGGUCCUCUUGUUGACGACCCGAAAUAAACACACUGCACCUUACUCUACCGCUGUGAACGUUUCAACAUUAGAACACAAGUAUGCGAGGAAGGCCUUCGAGUGCGUAUGCCAGCAACACAUUUCUACGGCAAUAAUCGAAGAAUUAUUGGACGGUGUCGACAAUCAUCCGUUAUCAGUCAAUAUCAUUGCUCGUCAGGCGGCUCAACAUGAAUGGACUGGGGCAGAACUACUCUCCGCAUGGAAAAAAAACCCAGUAGCGCUACUGGAGAACGGCGAAGGAACAUCUCACAGCCUCCGUGCCACAAUCGAACUCUCUUUGAAUGCUCCGUCUGUGAUCGCCCUUGGCGAUGAUGCUCGAAAGCUUCUCGAGAUCAUCGCCUUUUUCCCGCAGGGCCUCGACGCUAACAGGGUGAAAGCUCUUUAUCCUUCUGCGACCACGGACGCGGAUGCGCUCUGCGUGCAUUCAAUCACUCAUUACGAGGGAAAUUGUUUCACCAUGUUGACGCCCGUGCGACUGUACUUGAGCCACAAAGUGCCAAACCCUGAUGCAGGGUUUCUGGUUACGAUCAGGAACAUGUACUACGGAGAGCUCUCUGGUCCCAUAGAACGAUGUCAAGCUCUUGUUGAGGUCGAAGAUGUCAAUGUCGAACACCUUAUUGCCUUCGACUUCAACAGGGCCAUCAAUUUAGACGACAGCUGCCGUGCUUGCCGAUUAUUCAUAAAAUACCUCGCAACAUACAAACCACGAGAAACCGUUCUCACGACGAUGCUUGAAGAACUUCCAGUGAGGUCCUCGGGGAUCCUUGCCAGAGUUACUAGUAGUCGGCCUGUGAGGUCAAAGGCAGUUUCGCUCCACGAAAAGACCCUGCUUAUGAAGUCCGCUAAGACGCUCGCAUUGUUUAUAGAACGCAGCAAGUUGACUUCUACCUUUCUGAGGACACUUUUUGUUCGGCGGGCCCACCAAUAAUCAGCGUACAUCAAUGCAUCCUAGAUGUUUACGCCAAUUGCA